CUUGACAUCCUGCUGGUGUAUGAAUCCUGAUCGUGUACGAAUUUUAUGUACAAAGAUACAUCUAAAUGCAUGAACCCCCUCACUUCAAAAUUAUCAGAAGAGAAAAGGAAGAAGAUCUGUGCCUUACUGGGGAGUGUGAAACUGACGCUUCUCUACAAAGCUUCAGUUCAUGGAUAUCAAGCUUCUGCCUUCCACCAGAGAUGUGACAAUCAGGGUCCCACUUUACUUGUAGCCUACAACAAUUCAGGCUAUGUCUUUGGUGGAUACACCAGUGUAGAUUAUGCUCGAAGUGGCCGGGAAAUUACAGAUGAGGAAGCUUUCCUGUUCAGCUUUAAAAGUGGAAGUUCUAACUACAUCAAAGUUAACAGUGGAUAUAACGCACGUUAUGAUGACGCUAAAUGGCCCAACUUUGGUCAGCAGUUGUACUUUUGCUACAACAACCAACCAGUUGUGUAUCAUCAAGGAGGGCAUGCAUUCAACAUCAAUACCUCAUCAAUGUACGGGAAUGACGGUCAGCUGACUGAAUGUGAGGUGUAUAAAGUGGAACAAGAGCCUGAAGUCAGUGUUGAGGAGAAACCAUGGAGGAAUGUUUUAUGGACACCUGAACGAAGAGCAGAGCUCAUUGGAUUGAUCAAAAAUCAUAAACCCCUGAUGACGUCUGUGAGUCAAGUCAGAAUCCUAAUGAUUGGUCCUGUAGGUGCUGGAAAAUCCAGUUUCUUUAACUCCAUCAACUCCAUCUUCACUGGUCAUGUGACUAGUAAAGCCAUGUCAGGAUCUGCAGGCACAAGUUUAACUGUACAGUUUCGCACAUAUCCAGUGAAUGAUGGUCGUGAGGGAAAGCCGUUGCCAUUUGUGUUGUGUGACACCAUGGGACUGGAGGAGCAAUCAGGUGCAGGACUGGAUAUUGAGGACAUCAGCAGCAUUCUUCAAGGUCACAUACCAGACCGCUAUAAAUUCAACCCCAUGGCACCGUUUCAACUUGACGAGCAAAAGGCCUCCAGACCUGCAUCUCUACAGGAGAAGAUCCACUGUGUGGUGUACGUGAUAGACACCACCAAAAUCUCCCUCAUGUCCAGCAAACUACAAGAAAAACUUGCUUCCAUACGCAGAAAAGUGAACUCACUGGGCAUUACUCAGAUCGUCUUGAUGACCAAAGUAGAUGAAGCAUGUCCUAAGGUGGAGAAAGAUCUUCAAAGUGUUUAUCUCAGUUCCUACAUCAAGUCAAAGGUUCAGGAGGUGAGCUCUCGGUUGGGUGUGCCGGUGUCUUGUGUGUUACCGGUGAAGAACUACAGUCAGGAGCUGGAGCUGGAGCUCAACUGUGACGUCCUGCUGCUCACCGCUCUACAGCAGAUGCUUCGCUUUGCAGACGACUAUUUUGAUGAUAUACGUUCUUUGGAGGGCAACCCUAAAUAAAGUUCUUUCUCAGUACUUGCAGCUGACAACAGAUCAGAAAAAGACCAAAUCGAAAGCAUUGCGAUUUAUUUACAUAACGUAAAGAAAUUCUCUGUCAUUUGCUUUUAUGCAGAAACAUUCUCUACUCUUAUGGUAUAGAAUUUCAUUGAGCUACAAAAAAGUUUACUUUUUAUUUUUAAUAUUAAGCAUACACUUACAUCAGUAGUGUACUGAUGUAACUGUAUGCUUAAUAUUUUAUUUGGUUUUAGAACUUUCACUCAAUUUCUGUAAUUUCUCUGUACUUUUACUUUUUUGCUUCUAUCAUAGUGUAUAUUACAGGAUUGUAAAUUCUUCAUUUUUGUUAUUAUGUCCUGUGAUUUUAUGAUCUGUAUGAGGACUAAUAAAGUUUGACU